AUGGGCUUUAUGGAUAGGCAAAUAAUACCUUUAAUUACACUGACUAAGAGAUUUACGAUCGCGAAUUGUGGCUUUCAGACGGUCGCUCUCCUCUGCGCCGCGGUAGCGUGCAGCCACGCGGUGAUUCUCAGCGGUUAUAACGGCGGCCAUGGCCUGUCCUACAGCGAUUACGGCGAUCUCGACGGAUACGUAGGGUCCAGCGCGUACAAAGUUCUGCCGACGGUGGCGGUUCCGGUGCACGCGGUGUCCGCAGCACCGUUGCACGUGGACGCCCCUCUGGACCACGAGUUGCACGGUUAUAAACAUCACAGCGACCAGGAUCACGACUAUUACUCGCAUCCGAGAUACACCUUCAAUUACGGCGUCCACGAUCCCCAUACCGGCGACGUGAAGACCCAGCACGAGGUGCGAGACGGCGACGUCGUCCACGGUUCGUACAGCGUAAACGAGCCCGACGGAAGCGUACGCAUCGUCGAGUACACGGCGGACGAUCACAAUGGAUUCAAUGCCGUCGUGAAGAAAGUCGGACCGGCGAUACACCCGAAACCGGUGCCGAUCGUUAAGUACGUCUCGCCGGCGCAUUUCAACAGCUACGACUACGAGAAGCACUAUUAGCUCCAGCCAUCAUGUGUAAAUAGAAAAUCGAAUCGGGCGUUUCGCUAAGAGGCAUUAGUUCGAUAAUCAGUCUGCUAGUCAAUGCGACAGCGAACUACUUCCUUCAAGAUAUAAGAACCUCCAAGAUUUGGAUUUAAUUGAUCGCCGACCGUCAGCGACGGAUCGCAAAAAGAUUCGGCCCGUCUGUUUUUUCACGUACAAAGAAUUUUUAUUUUAAAAUAAUAAUUAGGUCUUUAGAGGGGCUUUAGGAUUAUAUUUUUUUAGUAGUACUGCGGUAAAUAUGUAGUUUAUAACUGAGAUUAUAUAUUCUGAGAGAGGAAUAUUGAUAUUUCAUUCCUUGGCAAUGCUUGGUAUUAUUUUCUACAUAUUGAAAUAAAAGUAUUUUCUUGUCCUUCAUUUUAUUGCCUCAUUUGACAUCUGAUUGCAUUUAACAACGGCAAUGCGAGAAUCGAUUACUUUCACGGAUAACAGUAGCUCUAUCUAUUUAUUUCAUCCUCCGAUAACUCGCGAAAUCGCACAGAGGUGUCUUGCGCAUCCCCCCCCUUAAAAAGGGAACUAUUUGGCGGAAUUGGAAUUGCGAUGUAACCGCGCAUGUCUGAAGUAUCGAUUUAUAUUUGCAGAGCGACUACGUAAAGUAAAUUUCACUUAUUCUCGAGACGCCUCCUGUGCGUUCAAUUCUUGGUUUUAUAUAAACUCAAAAUAAACAUAACACAUUGUGAAUAUUUUAGAAGGAGUAUGCAAAUGUUCCAUCGCCUCGUAGAAAAUGUUACGCUCAUUGAAAUCCGUCCGGAAACAUUCACGAUCCAUAUGCAAUAGUGUAAUGAUAUAAAUUUUAUACUGGGGAAUUAGAUUUAAAGUUGCAAAGGGAACGGAAAGUUCAAUAUUAAAUUAACGUAUGUACGAAUGGAAAGAGCGAAUUCAUAUUUGGGAAUGACGCGAAUAAAAUUAGAAUGAAGCAGAUUUUAUUAAGAAUAAGAAGGAUAGAUGCUAAGUCUUUUGUAUACACGUGCCUAAUAAAAUAUAAUAAAAGAAUGAAAUUA